AUCCCAAUCCUAGCCACCCAUUCAUUUUCUGUACCCAGCAGUCUUUAUGUAGGAAAACUAAUGUCUACCCACCCCCGGUUUCUUUCCUUCCUUCUUUUCCUCCUCGUCAUCCACCUCCUCUUUCUUGCAUUCCCACCUCCUCCUCCUUCCCAUUGUGCUGCUUUUGUUUCUGCUUUAGUCACCACUACUUCUGAAACAAACGCUUUGGUGGCAUGGAAGGCGAGUCUUGACAACCACAGCCGAUCUAUUUUGUCCUCUUGGGUUGGAGCCGACUCUUGCAAUCAAUGGAUUGGAAUUGGAUGUCACAAGUCCAUAAGGAGCAUUACAUAUGUAAACCUCACGAGCCUUGAUUUGAGAGGUACGCUCCAUAGUUUUAAUUUCUCGUCCUUCCCACACCUCCAAAAGCUUGAUCUUAGCAACAACUCCCUCUUCGGAGACAUUCCCUCGAAUCUAGGAAUGCUUAUAUCUCUCACUCACCUAGACUUGUCAAGUAACAACAUCACAGGGCCAAUCCCAACUACUAUAGGAAACUUGGGCAACGUGACCAACCUAUACCUUCAUAUCAACAUGCUUUCUGGAUCUAUUCCUCGAGAGAUAGGAAUGCUUAAGUCUGUCGGUUGGCUAUACUUGUCAAGUAACAAACUCAUAGGGUCAAUCCCAGCCACUAUAGGAGACUUAGGCAACGUGAACACUUUGAUCCUUCGGGACAACAUGCUUUCUGGAUCUAUUCCUCAAGAGAUAGGAAUGCUUAAGUCUCUCAGUUGGCUAGAAUUGUCAAGUAACAAACUCAUAGGGCCAAUCCCAACUACUAUAGGAUACUUGGGCAACUUGACCAACUUGUACCUUCAAGGUAACAUGCUUUCUGAAUCUAUUCCUCGAGAGAUAGGAAUGCUUAAGUCUCUCAAUCAGCUAGACUUGUCAAGUAACAAACUCAUAGGGCCAAUCCCAGCUACUAUAGGAGACUUGAGCAACUUGUACUACCUAUACCUUUAUGACAACAUGCUUUCUGGAUCCAUUCCUCGAGAGAUAGGAAUGCCUGCGGCUCUCAUUGAUCUUCAAUUGUCAAAUAACAACCUCACAGGGCCAAUCCCACCUACUAUUGGAAAUUUUACUAGGCUCGCCACCCUAUUUCUGCAUCAAAAUCAGUUAUCAGGCCUACUCCCUCCAGAGAUGAAUAAUCUCACAAAUUUGAGGGUAGUGAGUUUUUCUGAUAACAAAUUUAUUGGCCAUAUUCCAAACAAUAUAUGUCUUGGUGGUUUGCUUGAGAAGCUUAUUAUAAGCGAUAACCAUUUCACAGGUUCCAUUGCAAAAAUCUUAAGGAACUGUACUAGCCUAGUUAGGGUGAGGCUAGACGGGAAUCAGUUCAAUGGAAACAUAUCAGAACAUUUUGGCAUCCACCCAUAUUUAACUUAUAUGGAUUUGAGCAACAAUAAAUUCUAUGGCGAGCUUUCUCACAAGUACUGGGGGCAAUGCUACAGAAUGUCGGCCCUAAAACUCUCCAACAAUAAAAUUUCAGGUGAGAUUCCUCUUGAACUUGGCGAAGCUACAAAACUACAACUGCUUGACCUCUCCUCAAAUAACCUUGUUGGGAAGAUCCCAAAGGAACUUGGGAGAUUGACAUCAAUGUCAGACCUUUUGCUAGACAACAACAUGCUUUCAGGCACUAUUCCAUUAGAAAUUCUAAUGCUUUCAAGUUUAGAAGUUCUUAACAUGGCAUCAAAUAAUCUAAGUGGCUUAGUUCCAAAAGAAAUAGGGGAGUAUCCAAGAUUGCGGAUCUUGAAUAUGCGUAAUAACAUAUUUGAAGGAACUCUGCCAUUUCAAAUUGGCAAGUUAGAAGUUUUGCAAUUUCUUGAUCUGAGCAUGAAUUUGUUUGUUGGAGAGAUACCACAGCAAGUUGGUGAAUUGAAUAAGUUGGAAACAUUGAAUCUCUCCCACAAUGGAUUCUCCGGUUCAAUUCCAUCCACCUUUGAUGAUCUCAUUGCCUUGAUAUCUGUCGAUGUAUCCUACAAUAAGCACUUAAAGGGCCCUAUUCCUACGGCCAAGCCCUUUCAAAUUGCUCAAAUUGAUUCCUACAGAAACACAAGCUUAUGUGGCAGUGUCCUAGGUUUGAAGGCUUGUCCCCUCUACGAUCAGCCGCAUUUCUGACAAAAAAAAGGGGAACAAAAUCAUGAUCUUGACUAUAGUCUCCAUAAUGGCAAUAGUAUUUGUCAUACUCAUUAUGAUUGGAAUUUUUUUUCUCCUCAAUUCUGGAGAAAAGAAAAUGGAUAACCAACCAAGGGAAAUGCAAAAUGAAAAUAUUUUUGCAGUCUGGAGGUAUGACGGGAAGAUGGUUUACGAACAAAUAGUCGAAGCAACAGAGGGAUUUAAUUCUAAGUAUUGCAUUGGAGUAGGAGGAUAUGGAGUUGUUUACAAAGCGAAGUUGCCUAGCACUGGCCAAGUUGUUGCCGUGAAGAAACUUCAUCCUUUACAAGAUGAUGAGUCCAUGGACAAUUCAAAAGCUUUCGAAAGUGAGGUUCGAGCAUUGACGGAAAUAUGCCAUCGAAACAUUGUGAAGCUUUAUGGUUUUUGCUCACAUGUAGAGCAAUCACUUCUUGUUUACGAGUUUAUAGAGAGAGGAAGCUUGGGGAAGAUGCUAAGCAAUGGUAAUCGAGAACAAGCAAUGGAGUUGAAUUGGAGUAGGAGGGUAAAUGUGGUGAGAGGAAUUGCAAAUGCUUUGUCCUACAUGCACCAUGAUUGUUCACCCCCCAUAAUUCAUCGUGACAUAUCCAGUAACAAUGUUUUGUUGGAUUUGGAGUACGAAGCUCAUGUGUCUGAUUUUGGGACUGCUAGGCUUUUAAAGCCUGAUUCCUCCAAUUGGAGUUCAUUGGCUGGGACAAUUGGAUACACAGCUCCAGAGCUUUCCUAUACGAUGAAAGUGACAGAGAAGUGUGAUGUUUAUAGUUUUGGAGUAGUGUCAAUGGAAGUAAUUAUGGGAAGACAUCCAGGUGAUCUCAUCUCAUCUCUACCAUUCUCCUCGUCAUUACCAUCAACAUCAUCAUCAUUAUCCACUCACCAUGUACUGUUGAAAGAUGUGGUAGACCAACGCCUAUCACCUCCUACAAGUAAACUUGCAAAUGAAGUGGUCCAGAUUGUGAAGGUAGCAUUUGCAUGCUUGUACUUUAAUCCUCAAAUUCGACCAACAAUGCGACAAGUUUCACAAAAAUUAUCAAUUGAAACGCCACAUCUGCAGAAGUCAUUCUCCACACUUACACUGGAUAACAUCUUGGCAACAGAUAUCUUACUAGAUAUUCUAGCUCGACGUAUUUGAGCAAUGGUGAUAUCAAGCAACAAGGAUGACUUGAAGGAUCUUUUUGCGAAGCUUGCUUACACAGUGGAAGUGACAAUGUUUAUAGCUUUGGAGUCAUAUCAGUGGAAGCAACUAUGGGAAUGAACUUGAGCAAUCUCAUCUCAUCCCUAUUAUCGUCGUAUGCUCAUCAUAUACUGCUGAAGGAUGUGGUACAAUAACACGUAUCACUGCCUACCUGUGAGGUUGAAGAUAAAGUGGCUCUGUUGUGAAGGUAGCAUUUGCAUGUUUUCGCCCUAGUCCUCAAUUUCAACCAAAAUGUGACAAGUUUCCCAAGAAUUAACAAUAGGAAGGCCAUCAUUGUGCAUGUCAUUCUCCAUAGUUACAUGGGUGAUUGCUUAGAUGCAAGUACCCAACAAGGUGAACUUUCGCAGACAUAUUUGUUUCUUUUCUUAUUUCCAUUUUUUUUACUUUUGUUCUCCAUUGUAAUUUGCUUCUUAAUUUGCAUUGCAAGGGUUAUUUUAAAAUGUUGGAUGGUUUGCUUGAUCCUUUUUCAUUGGCUAUGUGCAUGGCUAGUUAUUGUGUACUUGCUGUUAGAUAUAAUUUUGGUUUGUAAUAAUCAUAUGUUUAAAUAAGAAGUUAUGAAUACUCGCUUGGUAAUGUUA